UCCAGAAUGACCGCGAUGAGCAGGAUGAUGAAGUUUGCUUGGGAUAACUACAAACAAUUCGCGUUCGGGAAAAACGAGCUGCGGCCGCUGACGAAGAAUGGCCACAUCGGUAACAUGUUCGGGGGCCUUCGCGGGGCGACCAUCCUGGAUGCCUUAGACACUCUGUACAUCAUGGAGCUGGCGGAGGAAUUCCAAGAAGCGAAGAGCUGGGUGGAGAAGAGCUUUGACUUGAACGUGAACGGAGAAGCCUCCUUGUUCGAAGUGAACAUCCGCUAUGUGGGAGGGCUGCUGGCGGCGUACUACCUCACCGGCGAAGAGGUAUUCAGGAGCAAAGCUCUAGAACUUGGAGAGAAACUUCUACCAGCCUUCAACACCCCCACCGGUAUCCCCCGGGGCGUCAUAAACCUGGGCAGUGGCAUGAGCUGGAGCUGGGGCUGGGCCUCCGCAGGAAGCAGCAUCUUGGCAGAAUUUGGCACCCUGCACCUCGAGUUCCUGCACCUCACGGAGCUCUCUGGAAACCCAGUGUUCACUGAAAAGGUGAUGAACAUCCGCAAAGUCCUGAACCGACUUGAGAAGCCGCAGGGCCUGUACCCGAACUUCCUCAGCCCGGUCACUGGCAACUGGGUGCAGCACCACGUCUCCGUCGGGGGCCUUGGGGACAGCUUCUAUGAGUAUCUGGUCAAAUCCUGGCUGAUGUCCGACAAGAGGGACGAUGGCGCGAGGAAGAUGUACAACGAUGCGCUGGAGGCCAUAGAGAAGCACUUGGUUAAAAAAUCUGCCGGAGGAUUGACCUACAUUGCCGAAUGGAGAGGUGGCAUCUUGGACCACAAAAUGGGCCAUUUGGCUUGCUUCUCUGGUGGCAUGAUAGCCCUUGGAGCUGAACAAGGCGGAGAGGAGAAAAAGCAACAUUAUCUGGAUCUAGCUGCAGCGAUUACUCACACGUGCCAUGAAUCUUAUGCACGCUCAGAUACCAAGCUUGGCCCCGAAGCUUUUCGCUUUGAUUCUGGAUCGGAAGCCACGGCCACCAGGCUCAGCGAGCGCUACUACAUCCUGCGCCCCGAGGUGGUAGAAAGCUACUUGUACAUGUGGAGGCUGACUCACGACCCGAAGUACAGGCAGUGGGGCUGGGAAGUGGUGAAGGCACUGGAAAAAUAUUGCCGGGUAGAAGCAGGCUUUUCCGGGAUCCGAGAUGUGUACACCAUCCCCCCAAAUCAUGACAACAUGCAGCAGAGUUUUUUUCUGGCAGAGACAUUGAAGUACCUCUACCUCCUCUUCUGUGAGGAUGACGUGCUCUCUCUGGAGGACUGGGUGUUCAACACGGAAGCGCACCCGUUGCCGGUGAACCACACGAGUGUUGAAGCAAAAGCAAGUGUGCAAUAGUGAUGCUGUUUCUCAAGCUUCCUGCUUCGGCGGCAGCAGAGAGCGGGUUUCUGCCUUUCCUUUCCCUUCGAGGAAUUAGCAACGUUCCUAAACUGGUAUUUGGGGCACUCGUCCAUUUCCGGACAGUAUUAUAUUGGGGAGAAUAAACUGUGACCUUAGCACCCUCUUUUCCUCUAUGAGGAGCUCUAUUAGCCUGGCAACAAGCGUUGAUUCUGGGCCAUAUUGUAAACAGAUCAUGGACAUUCCUUUAUAUACAGAGAAUUUAUAUGAAAUCCGCUGACUUUGCUUUCGAGUGGCCAAAGGAUUGGAAGUUUGCCAUACGAUAGACUUUCCCCCGUUCUCCUUUUUAUUUUUUUUAUUUUUGCCUUUUAUAUACAGAUGGAUUUUAUCACAUUUCUAAUUACAGUUUUCGAUAUACUGUGCUUUCUAAGUGGUGUCAACAUUGUAACUAAAACAAAAAUUCUUGGCCCAAACGUAUUUUUAUAUAUUCUUUCCUGUGCUCUUAAACACAUUUACAGAACAUUGCAUCACAUGUAACUUUCCUUUAUAAUGUUUUAUGUUUUUCUACUUUUAUUUGGAACUAAAUGUUAUGAGUCACUUAUAAUAAAUUGCACUGCUGUAAUAGUCAAAUCUGUGAAAUAGAAUAAAAGGUCUUGUAAAAUAA